GUUAAUCUCGUCAGCCACAAAUUCGCAGAACUCAUGAUCAAUCUGAUUUCCUCUCAGGAAAAAUGGGCUCCUAGUUUAAAGUGGUAAUGAUUUUCCCCGACUCCGCAAAACCAAUUCUUAUGAGCAGAAAAACCUUACGCUGUCAAAUCCAGCAUAUUUAUGAGGCCGACGUCUUUCGUUUUUAAAAAAUGAAUUCAAGGCUUUCUGGACGCGGCGUCUCAUUUUCAUAUCAGCCUUCAUUUUGUAAGGGAGCGACACACUGCUGUUUGCCUGUGAAGUAAGAAAUCCUUGUGGAAUUCCACUGGCAACUUUCAAUAGACCACCUUUUAAAUGAGAAUUUUCUAUAAUGAUGCAAAUUCUUCCAGCCUUUUCCCACUUUUAUUUUAAAACCUUAAAACAAAUUAGGGUCCUUGAAAUCGGUUAUUAAACCUUGUUAUUCGCUUGUCCCCUACGAAUUCUUUGACAACCCUGGCCUGCUUAGAUAUACACUGUCGUCUCUGCUCGUGUGGAGUAAAUUUAUUUGGGUUUGGUUAAUAAGAUGUUAAGGGCGCCCUUUGAAUAAAAUUCAUACCUCUGAAUGACUCCCGACUACACGUUCAUAUGACGGGCAUACGGACGUGUUGUUUGUCGCUAUGCGUUUAAGGUCAGACGAUAAAAGAAAGUCUCACUACGUGGAGCACAUAAUCAGUGAAAGAAAUGGAUCUUUUCCUCUUAUCACUCGAUAUAUAGAGAUCAUCCUUAAAUGGCUUAACUACCUCCCAUGGCUAUAUCUUCUUGAAAGAAAAAAGACAGAUUGUAUGAUUGUGAUGCUCCCGCCCCCAUCUGCAUGCGCACAUCUAAGUUUGAUAAGAGGAUUUAUGAAGAUCGAGGGAGGAGGCUUUUAAAGGCCUACAAUCAAAGGAGAACCUGUAACUACCUACUGUCGAGCAUGCAUUGUAGCUUAUCUACGUCAGAGUCGACAGUGUCCGCGAUGUGACACAAUAGUGCACAAAACCAGGCCAUUGCUGAAUAUAAGAUCCGACAAGACACUACAGAACUUGGUGUACAAGCUGGUCCCAAAUCUUUUCAAAGAUGAAAUGAAACGGAGAAGAGAUUUUUACGCCAAGCACCCUCAAGCAAGUACCAGCAUGCAGUCGCCGAACGCAAGAGAGGAACGAGGGGAGGUGUGCGAGGAUUCUCUGGUUAUCUAUACCGAGGAUGAGUAUAUCAGUCUAUCCCUGGACUACUACUUUGCGCAGCCAAAGAAGGAUGAGGGCCAGAAGAUAAGGGAUGAAGGAGACACCAACGCCAACGGCAAACGUUCCAACGGAGAUGCAAACGGGCUGGGUGGAGACGUGGUGGAGAAGAGAUACCUACGUUGUCCCGCUGCCGUUUGCGUCUCUCACAUCAAGAAAUUCAUCAGGAAUAAAUUUGGACUCUCUCCAGCUCACAGGAUCGAAGUAGUUCACCAGAAUGGUGAAGAUGAGCCUUUGCGUGAUGACUACACCUUGAUGGACAUCGCCUACAUCUACACUUGGAGACGGAAUGGACCUCUGCCUCUGUUGUUCAGAGUCUUUGAACCUUUCUCCAAACGACGAAAAGGAAGUCAGUCCAGUGUUUCAUCCUCCGAUUCUGUUCCAUCCAGGAGCGCCAGUCAGAAGCCUUCAUCCCCUGCAGCUCAACGCCAAGGGAACAUGACCAAAUCACCUAGCCCUCCCUCUCUUCAAACCAAGGAGGCACAAUUUGAGAAGCCACAAGGUAAAGGAAAACCUCCUGGAGAAUCCGUCAAAGGUCCAGCCAAGCCGACCAAAGCACCUUCAUCAGAAACGCCCGGACAGUCCAGACAGACCCACUCACAGGACGGUAAUGCCGGCCCUCAGAAAAAGUCACUGUCUGGUAAACCUGAGAAACCAAAAAUGUCUUCCGCAAUAAGCAUCCCCACUCAGGGGUCUUCUACAAACACACAGAGUAAGACUAUUGUCAUUGUAUCGUCAGCGAAUCCUGUGUUGACGUCAGUAAAGACUCUAACCAACACCUCGUUGGUUGUACCCAAAACAGUGAACUACUUUCCACCUGCCACUGCCAACUCGUUAAAGACUGAUUCGAGUUCUUUAAAUCCUACUAAACCUUCACCAAAGCCCGUAUCGUCACCAACAGAGCCUGGUAAGACGCCAUCAACGGCCAACGUGACGUCACCUCAAGUUCCUGUUACGUCAGUUAAAGGUCAAUCUCCCUCUUCUAAAGCAGAAGUGGCUUCACCAAAGUUGGACAUGAUUUCAUCAAAUUCAGUCAUGGCCUUACCAAAGGGGGAAGGUGCAUCGUCAGUUUCAAGUGUGGCGUCAUCAAAGCCAGAUUCAUUACCCAAACUAACUAUGGCGAUGCCAAACACUGACCCGGCCACCACGAGGCCCGAUAUUGUGUCCAAGCCUGACAAGCCUGAAGAGACAUCUCAAAAGCGCGACGCUCCACCAAUCAGCUAUACCCUGUCCAGUGCCACUUUGUCGCCCUCACCGUUGAAAGAUUCCUCUGGCGAGAGUAAGACGUCAGCACCUGUAGAGAACGAUAAACCAGGAGUUUUUCCAAAUGCAGCAUGCUCCUCGCCAGAUGAAAGAACGGACAAACAACCCGCUACACCAUUUGUGAAAUGUGAUGAUGUCCCCACUAAACAUGUUACGCACUGCAUUAAAGUGGAACCAACGGUGACGGCAGCUGUAAAGGAGAAGUUAAAUGUUGAGACCACGCCCACAGGGAACAAUAGAACAUCCGAGGACCAAAUGAACGCGUCUGCUUCUGAUGGCGUCGUCAUUGACACGCCCGUUUUAUUGCAAACGUAAUCUUUGAGGAUAAUGUCUUAUACAGUAAGCGUGGAUUUAUGAUUUCUUUGGUUUUCUGUUACUCUUUAUUUGUGUUUCAAAACUGUGAAAUGUUUGCUUCUUAUUUUCUUUAGAAAACUGCUUUUCAUCGUUUUAUCAAACAUGUUUUCAUACUGGUGAUUAUGAUGAAUGGCUCCAAUCACACUUUUUUUCUGAAGGCUGUCAGAAUAAUGUACAUAAAUAACCUAAGCAGUUCUUUAGUUUGCAGUUCCUUUGCUGUGAGGAACAGUAAAUUGUUCAAGUCACCAAUUUAAUUGAAGUUUGCUUGUUGUUUAAAAUUUCCGAAGCAAAUCUUAGAUUCCCACUAGUAACUCUUCAUUGGUUGGCCUCACUUCAGCAACCUGCAACUGACUUUAUCCCUCCAGCACGUACAUAUACUUGUCAAAUUUCAACUAAAUCUCCACAGUUAGAUAACAGAACCAUAGUUCCGUUAGAUGUUAAGAAAAAGUGUAAAAGAAAACAAGUGCAAAAUAUCCAUUAAAGCACAAACUUUUUUAUUAAUUAGUGAAAAGGAUACAUGUAUUAAAACCGACAUCUGUAGGCGAAACUGUUCCACAUAAAUAAAAUGGUUACUAGUUUAAAUUUCCAAAUUCAUUGUACAAUCUGCUCACAGUUAUCAUUGCUAGACGUUGUUAUGGGGGGUCUUUGAAAGCGUUUCAUGUAGAACGUAAAUCCUAAAUAUAUCUUGUUAUCUAUGCUCGCCUGACGUUAAACCAUUAAACAAGUUUCUGCAACUUAAA